AUGCCCGACCGCAAACUGAAGCCUGAAUAUGCCGGUCUUGAACCAUUUAAAGGACAAUUUAUUCAAUGGUCAUAUAUCGAGCGCAAGCAACCGAAAGAAAUCAGAAAAUUGUUCAAACCCAUUUUCAAUGAAGAGCUUGAAGAAACGGGCCAUCAACACCACCUUACGUGCGUAUCUUCAAAAGCGUCCCAGUACAAGAGAAAACACAGAGCUAACACGAACUCUCUGUGUAGUACUAAGCAGUGGGCAACGCGCAAGACGAAGUGGUAUAAAGAGUUUGGCAUCGAAAAGAAAGGUCAAGGCCCAUCGGAAGACCAGCUGCAAAAACUCGACAGCCUACGCCUGUGGUUCGUGGAUGGACAACCGUACGAACAGCCUCAGACGUUUUCGGAAGAUCCUAAAUCACAAUUAACUCUCAGCAAACGAUUUGAGCUCCGCAGACAGCAGCCAGACAAGAUUUUGCCGGAACUAGAGAAUGAAGGAGAGUCUCGUGUGGGAGGGGCUUAUCAGAGGUCAAAGCAGCUCUCUCGACCAUCGUGA